AUGGCGCGUACAUCACCACGCAUAUUGAUCAUUGGCGCCGGCAUUGGUGGUCUCACCCUUGCUCAAUGCCUUCGCAAGCAGGGAAUUAGUUUCGAGGUGUUUGAGCGUGAUGCGAGUCCUCCAGCCAGAGGACAGGGCUAUGCGCUUGGUCUCUAUGACCUCGACUCGCUCUUUGGGAACUCCCUCCCAAACGACCUGAGCCCUGCUGCCGCCGGAUCUGCCAUCCCGGGCCGUCUACCAUUUCCAGGGAGGCCGAAUACUGCUAUGCGCAUCGAAGUGGGCGACGACAAGGUGACCGUCCUUUUCGAAGACGGCUUAUCUGCUUCGGGGACAUACUGGUUGGCGCUGACGGGACGUUCAGUGCGAUUCGGCCCCACGUCCUCCAGAAACUCAAACGACGAAGUGCUCAACGCAUUUCCCACGACCGUCAUCUUUGGCGAAACACAAUUGAGCGGCGUCAACAUGGAGCAGCUGCUCCAGCUGGGCUACUCGCUGUCCCUUGCCUUUGGCCCCGACUUCACGCUGUUCUCAGGCGUGAACCGCGGGUGGUGGGGUGCCGCGAUCAAAGAGGUGCCGCCGGUAAACAGGGUGUUGUUGAUCGGGGACGCGGCGCACCCGAUGACACCUAGACGCCGGCAGCUGAGCAAGGUGCUGAGCGAGAGCGGCACGUCGGGCUUUGCAGCCCUGAGGGCCGACCUUGACAGAUACCAGCAGAAUAUCGUCGCCAGGGGGUACGAGUCCAUCAUGCUCGGCCGUAGCUCCCUGGACAGGGCGAGAAAUGGACCGCCGGCCAAAGCGUACGGCCAGGAGCUGAAGCUACUGGAAGAGUUGAAGCCUUUGCCGAUCAAGCUGUAUUGA